AUGUUUUCGCCAUCACGUGAUGGUUUGGAGCCGAACUCUGGGCAGACUUGGGAUUCGUCUCUUGCCACCUCUGCUCAAGCAUUCGCCGAAACCUGCCCAACUAAUCACUCGAAUGCUGAUGGACUUGGAGAGAACAUUUUCUUUUCCUACAGUGCAACUGACAAAAACAGUCUUGACUACUAUGUGAGGAGCAAGAGCCUCACAGUUGUGGGAAGAGGAGUUCCAACAAUAUGGAUGGGAUUCACUACGAUGGAUGACAACGCCUCCAACAUCAAAGACGCUACUCAAAUGGCUUGGGCUGAGACUGGUUUGAUUGGAUGCGGAGUUAAAGUAUGUGGAAAGGACAAGUCUGGGGAAAGCCAGUUCAAGUAUGUUGUGGUGUGCCAUUAUAAGGAACCAGGAAACAAAAUCGGUGCUGAGAUUUAUCAGCCAGGAGACACCUGCACUGCUUGCCCGGCUGGCAUGACUUGUGAGACUGAUUCUGGAUUGUGUGCUUAA